AUGGAGUCUCUUAAGAACAGUUUCAUCCCGGGUCAGCUUCUAGAUGGGCGCUUCCGCACUGUGGCCCCUCUCAAUCAUGGGUCGUUUGGCAUGGUCUUUCUUGCAACCGACAUCAAGACCGGCCGCGACGUUGCCAUCAAGUGCAUGCUGAAAUCCUCGAAUGAUUCAUGGAACCCGUCUUCCAGCGAUAGCCGGUUUGAGGAGCUUGACUGUCACCAACGCCUCGCAUAUCAUCCUAAUAUUGUCAAUCUUGUCCACCACUUCGAAACAGCUACUCACCUUUACCUUGUGUUGGAGUAUUGUGCGAAUGGAGACCUAUACGAAGCCAUCAGAUUGAACCGUGGUCCACUCGAGACGGAGCAUGUUCGCGAGUUCAUGCUCCAACUUGUGAGUGCAGUGGAAUUCAUGCAUGCUAAUGGCCUCUAUCACCGAGACAUUAAGCCGGAGAACAUCUUCCUUACUCAAGAUGGAUCCAUGAAGCUCGGCGAUUUGGGCCUGGCGACCCGAGAGACCUGGUGUUAUGAGUCAUGUGUUGGAAGUGACCGCUACAUGGCCCCGGAACAGUACGACCCCGCUAACAACGGAUACUCUCCCGCGAAAGCGGACAUCUGGGCUAUCGGUAUCUGCCUACUGAAUGUUUUAUUUGCUCGUAACCCAUUUGCUACGCCAACCGAGUCCGACAUCCUGUUUGCUGAUUAUGUUAGAGACCGACAGUCUCUUUUUGACAUCUUCCCCAACAUGUCUCAGGAUACCUUUGAGAUUCUGAGGAUCAGCAUGGCUCUCGACGCUGAGAAGCGGUCUCUCUCCGGCAUCCGGGAUGCGAUCAUGCGGGCUGUAUCCUUUACGACGGAUGAUGAAGCUCUGGAUGAAUUCUGUACUGACGAGCGCGAGGUGGUUCCCGCAAGUGCCAAUCGCGAACCCCUUCGGACUCCCUCCAUCCAAAGUCCCCAAAUCAAUCAAGGCGACUCCUUUCCCUGGGCAAAGGCGCUCCAGUCCAGCCCACCACAGCCCAUUCGACAGCUCUCCGCCAUUCCCGACAACGAGAGCUACUCGGAAGACCUUUUCCCACCAUCCGAAACAGCCGGCACUUCUUGGUUCUCGGUCCAUCAUACUCCCUCCAUGGCUUCAGUCUUGGAAUCUUCUCUCGGAGACUCGUAUCGGUCUACUGCUUUGCCAGUGCUUACAAAGGCCGCUCCUCGUUACCCGCCUCCCUCUGAUCCUGUUACUAUUACUGGAUCUCUGCCUAGCCAAGCAGCCAAGCCUAUACCGUCUCUGUCGAUGGUAUUCGGGCGAAAGAACAAGAGUAGCGAGCAAAUUUCUAAGAGCUGGAGCGACCUUUGGGAAGAGGAAGAAUCUGAAUACGAGGAUACGGCUCUGAAUCAACGGCGCGAACAGAACUCCCGUAGCUGGAGCCACGAGAGCACAUCUGUGGACACGGGCAGUUCCUUGACAACAUGUUUGCAAGAGUCUCGUUCCACUUCCGUUCUCGAUUCCCGUAAUGAGCCCUCGCGUCCGAUCGAGCCGUCGAAUAAGCCUGCAGAGCGUGUGCCUGUCGCCGUUGCCAAGGUUAUCCCUUCCAACACUAAGACUUCUCCGAAGAAGACCAGUCUGGAUAAGUGGGCUGCUCUAGGUGAUAAGAGACGGAACUUCAAGCCGGCGGAGCAUUCUUUCGAGUCGAAACGUUUCCCUAACAACAUGACAUGGCGGAAGGAUUGGGGUCUGGGUUCCUCAGGGUUUGAUUAUGGUUCAUGGGCUAAAAAGGAAAGCCUUGCUGCUCAAGAUCGGCGCCGUCGUCAAUUCCUCAAUAGAGAUUGGCGACGUGAUUCCUUGGAAAGUCCGAAACAUGUCAACACCAAGUCUGAUUAUCAUGGCAGCAUCGAUGAGGAUCUUGACCUCGUAGGAGGCUGGCAUGAUUUGCAUUUGUAGGCGAGGCUACACCCUGGUUUCUAAGCAAUAUCAUCGCGCGCCUUGUCUCCGUUCUCAGCCUUUCGUGUCAUGUUGUGUCUGUUUCAUGCGCUCGAAGCCAAAGUCG